AAUUGAUUUUAACCACAUCAUCAACCGUUCUACUGAAGAAGUUGACUUAAUUAAAAACGAAAUGGCCAGAGUUCUUGAAUUCUAUUCAGCAAGAGUAUCUGCACUUGCAACGUGGUCGGAAGAAUUAAGAAAAGAGCAAGAGAGUCCUGAGUCAACAGGACUAUUGGUGAUGGUACUGAGCGAGAAAGACACGCUUGACAUCGUGCUGCUGCAUCUGAAUUCUUUAUUUGCACCUUACAUGGAUGAACAUGCAGCAUUACCAGAAGACGAUGGAAUAUUUCUGACAUGUGAUGAGGCAGAUAAAUUCGAGAUGGAGUUAGACGAUGAUGCUGGAAAUGAAGAUAGAGAAAGCGAGCUAGAAGAAGAAAAUGUGCUAGAUAUUCUUGUCUCUGUACUGAAUGAAGAGUAUGGUACGGAUUACGAAUAUUCCGACGAAGAGAAGUCUGAUGAAGAAGAUGAGUUAAUAUCGAUAAAAGACUCAAUAUUGCAAAGUUUCAGCUAAUUUCACCAAGUUCUUAAUUGUUUUCCAAAAAUGCUG